CGUCAAUUUCCCGGAUUGAGUUCGGACGCCAUCUUUAAACCAGUGCUACCGGUAGUUAGAUAGUGGGGACGCUGAGCUGCUGCUCCACCAGGAAACGCAGUCUGAGACAGACCCACGGUCGAGCCUCUCCUUCAGGCCGCACAUCAUCGACAGCCCGACCUCGAACACCAUGGCAGAUCGAGAACACUUAGUAUACCAGGCCAAACUCGCCGAACAAGCCGAGCGAUACGAUGAAAUGGUGGAGUCCAUGAAGAAUGUGGCCGGCAUGGACGUGGAGCUGACGGUGGAAGAGCGGAACCUGCUGUCGGUGGCGUACAAAAACGUGAUCGGAGCCAGAAGAGCAUCCUGGAGGAUAAUCAGCAGCCUCGAACAGAAAGAAGAGAACAAAGGAGGCGAAGACAAACUAAAGAUGAUCAGGGAAUACAGGCAAACGGUGGAGACUGAGCUAAAAUCAAUCUGUAAGGACAUUCUGGAUGUACUGGACAAGCACCUCAUUCCAGCUGCAAACACGGGAGAAUCAAAGGUUUUCUACUACAAAAUGAAGGGAGACUACCACAGGUACCUGGCAGAGUUUGCCACGGGUAACGACAGGAAGGAGGCGGCGGAGAACAGUUUGGUAGCCUACAAAGCCGCAAGCGACAUCGCCAUGAUCGAGCUCCCCCCGACUCACCCCAUCCGCCUGGGACUGGCACUCAACUUCUCCGUAUUUUAUUAUGAAAUUCUCAAUUCCCCUGACCGCGCAUGCAGGUUGGCGAAGGCGGCAUUUGACGAUGCCAUUGCAGAACUGGACACGCUGAGCGAGGAGAGCUACAAGGACUCCACGCUCAUCAUGCAGUUGCUACGCGACAACCUUACAUUAUGGACUUCAGACAUGCAGGGAGACGAUUCUUAAGGACAACCCCUCUUCAUUCCCUAUAGAACUGUAUUUUGUGAAGAACAGAAUAAAGAAGCACUGCAAGAUGUGGAGGAUGAGACCCAGCAGUGAGACUUUACGGCCAAUUCCCUCUCUCUUUCUCCCUUCUAUUACCUCCCCUGUCUGCCCCGCUAGCCCCAGGUCCUACUACGUGUCACAGUGAGAGCUCCCAAACUUGGCUUUUACUCCGACGUCCACUCGCUCUAUUUCUCCCCACCUCUUCUUUCUUUAAUUCUUUCUUUAUGUUCUGUCACUCUGUCUGUCAGCUCAUAGCCCCUCUGUGCUUCCUAGGGCUGUUUCUUCUGGUUUUUAUUUUCUUAUAAAAAAAUCCUAUUAAAUUCACCUAUUUCAGUGGAAAUAAUAUACUCCCACAUUAAAACACAAGAGAAAAGGUAAAAACUAAAGCUUCGAGCUGUUCCUGGUUGUUACCUUUUUAUUGAUUUUUAUAACUCCUGCUGCAAGCCUGUAAGAUUCACAUCGUUCUCUUUACUUCCUUUUUUUGUUUCUUUUUUCGUUUACAAUUUUGCCAUGUCAUCAGUUGCCAAGUGUGUUGCUUGGGGUCGUCAACGUUCACACAAUUAACGAGUUGAUUUUUAAAACGCAAACGUUUGCUGUAACUCUUUUUCCAUAACUGUGAUGUCUUUGUGCUACUUCACGCUAAUCGUCUAAGCUUUUGGUUGCAAAUUAGGGAUGGUUGUGAGUUGACGGUUUUUAAAAGGGACAUUUUAAUGCCCUCUUUAUUUGUGAUUCUCUCUCUCGCGCUCUCUCUCUCGUUGCAAGACUCUGUUUUAUCAAUGGUGAUCGCUGAACUUCCCAUGAGUGUCUCUUUGCGAUCACCCCUCAAGUCCAGGGCAUGGACCACACAUUUUUGUGCUCGAGGCUGUAGCGCUGCUUUUUUACUCAUUGCUGACGUAAGGACACGAUGGCUUGUAGCAGUUGGAGGGGGAAAAAAACAAGAAUCUCCCUCCCUCUGAUGUUCGGUAAAGCAGGUUUGCAUUGGCACUGUCAAAAGAAAAACAACCUUUGUUUAAAAAAGAAAAACCUGCUUAUGUCAUCUUGUAUCCCCAUUCUGUUCCAGAAUGUUCCCUUUCUCUCUCUCUUUCUUUCUUUCUCUCUGUCUCUGUCCUGCCCCCAUAUUUUCUCUCUUGUUCAGUAUGUGUAACUUGAAUCUGAUUUGUACUACUGGAUAUUCUGACUGGAGCCACAAGCACUGUCUGUAUUCUUACUGAAACACAGCAUGGAAAUUAACAUUAAACUUCAAAUUAAAAAAAGGAACUUAAAUUAAAA